GCAGCCUCGAGGGAUGGAGGAGGUGCGUGAGGGACAAGCGCUCGGUGGCGGGAUGGAAGCCGAUGGGCCCGCGAGUCCCCAGGAGCUGCCUCCCUCGCCACGGUCGCCCUCACCGCCGCCGUCGCCGCCACCACUGCCCUCGCCGCCGUCGCUGCCAUCGCCCACAGCUCCGGAGGCCCCCGAGCUCCCCGAGCCGGAGCAGCCGUCCGAGGCUCACGCCCGGCAGCUGCUGCUGGAGGAGUGGGGGCCCCUGAGCGGGGGUCUGGAGCUGCCCCAGCGCCUCACCUGGAAGCUGCUCCUGCUGCGGCGGCCGCUCUACCGCAACCUGCUGCGCUCGCCCAACCCCGAAGGCAUCAACAUUUAUGAGCCAGCACCCCCUACUGGUCCCACCCAGCGACCCCUGGAAACUCUGGGCAAUUUCCGUGGCUGGUACAUUAGAACCGAAAAGCUCCAGCAGAACAAAAGCUGGACAGUGAAGCAGCAGUGUGUGGACCUUCUGGCCGAGGGCCUGUGGGAGGAGCUGCUGGAUGACGAACAACCAGACAUUACGGUCAUGGACUGGUUUGAGGACAGCCGGCUGGAUGUGUGUGUCUACGAGCUGCACGUCUGGCUGCUGGCGGCUGACCGCCGCACUGUCAUUGCUCAGCACCAUGUGGCCCCCCAAACUUCUGGGAGAGGACCCCCUGGCCGCUGGGUCCAGGUGUCCCACGUAUUCCGCCAUUAUGGUCCCGGUGUGCGCUUUAUCCACUUCCUGCACAAGGCCAAGAACCGCAUGGAGCCUGGUGGGCUGAGGCGGACACGGGUGACCGACUCCUCCGUGUCUGUGCAGCUCCGGGAGUGACUGGCUGGCUCCUCUGUCCUGACCCCACAGCACCUCCCUGACCUUUAGAAGCCCCAACUCUUAGCCACCUCCUAGGCCCCUUAUUCCUCCCUGGCCCUUGGCUUCUCUCUUGAUGGACAGCUUCACA